AUGGCGUUGACAACUGGAAUGAUCCACGGUCUCAUCAUGAUGUUUUCCUUUGGCUGGCUCUUACCCAUGGGUGUCCUGUCGGCACGUCUGAUGAAACAUCGUCCGGGAGACCUCUGGUUCCGUCUUCAUCGUGGAUUUCAAGUAGCCGGAUUGAUUUUUGGCAUUGGCGGCUUUGCCAUUGCCGUUCGCAAUUUUAACGUUUUUGCCGACGGCUCCGGCACCACCAGCUUUCAGCAUGGGUGUCUUGGUGCCACAGUGUUUGCACUGGUCCUACUACAGCCAUUGUUGGCGCUGUUGUUCCGACCGGGCAAGUCUGACGAUUCUACGACAAAUAGUAGUAGUGGUUCUCGCUGGUGGUGGGAACUCCAGCACAAGGGCAUGGGAUAUUUGAUUCUCUUGUUGACGUUUGUCACGAUAUUGCUCGGUGCGAAAUUAGAGGGAACUGGGUGGCAGUUGGCAUAUAUCUUUGGAGUGGUGGGGAGUCUGGUCUUGGUGGCAGGACUCAUGUGGUUUGAUAGAUUCAGCUAUCAACCGCCCACAGCACCCGAUGCGACAGAAAUGCCAUCCAUUGCCUAG